GUUUAAUAUUUCAUUAUGGAAUCACCUAGCUCGAUAAAAGUACAUACUUGGAUUGCCAAUAUUAUAAAAGUAAAUGUAAAAGUAGGAGAAAAGUUUUAAUGGAUUCUUUGCUAUUAUUAAAUAAUCUGAUCUGUGUAUACAUAACAGGGUCACAACAUAUUGGUCGUACAUGGUGAUAAGGCCUUAUACAGAACUCCAUCAACCAGGCAUCGAAUUUGGAUUGACCUACUUUGAUGAUCCUGGUGUGAAUAUUCCAUCUGCUAUUACUGCAUGGGUUGCAAUGUCAGGAUUGCCAGACUUUUUAAUUCGUAUGAGGCAAGCGUCGAAAAAUUAUCAAAAUUAUAAAUCUGCAAACAAUGUAGAAGGUAUAGAACGUUCGCAAUAG